AUGGCGGAAGUCUAUUGCACAUGUGUGAUUGCCUACAUGGAGGGGAGGAGGCCGCCUCCUAGAAGCGAGCUAAGUUCGACUUUGGAAGCACUUGAUAGACGCGCUCGACAACUCGAAGCCACAUCCCAGGUCACACCACCUCCACCAUUUCUUGAAACAACGUGGGACUCACUUACAUGGCGUGUGUGCCGUCUGUCACGUUUACUGCCGCCUGCUAAGCUGCUCAAGAAGGCACCACCUUUGGGGAAUGCCGCCUCUUUGUCUCUCUUGAAGGGUGCCAUCUCGACCAUUAGCGUUCAGAACCAGAUCCCCUGGUCCGUGGACGAUGAUUUGGAAGAAAAAGAAUAUAUAAAGUUAGCUGCGCAAUGGCUCUACUACUACGCAGGCCAGCGCAAUGUUGAGAUUAGGCACCCUUCGUUUAAAUUCGAGGACGUCUGUUCCCUAGCGCUGGAUCUAUCUCUCGAGGCUGAAUCUGGGUACCCUUGGAAUAGGCGACCGAUACAUCCCCCCGGCCACACUCCCCCUGGCUUCAUUCCGGCUGGUCACACUCUCAUGGCACCUCCUCAGUUCAACACGCAAAGAACAAGAUGCUGCGGCUGCUGCUCCUGUAGUUGCCACAGGAACUCAAGAUCGCGACGUGAUUCGAGCGUGAGCUCGGACGGGAGUUCGCAUCGUGGAAGAUGGCCGGUCCUGGGAUGGUUCAAAAAACUCGCUUUCUGGCGUAGGAGACGCAUUGCGGAUGAUUCUUCGUCAUCAUCAGGCACAAUUGUGGACGACUAG